AUGUUCGGUUUAGUGUUUUUGGCAUUCAUAGCCUUAGCGGCAUCGGAAUUCGACCACGAAAUCCACGAAAAAUUCAAAACUCUACCAAAACAUGAAUUCAUAAGUUAUUUCAACUCGCUCAACCAUUCCUGGGCUGUUGAAGAUUAUGGUGAGGACGAGCAUUUUUAUGGUGCACAGCUUGAUUCCAAUCAUGGUCUUCCAACCAUAACUCAUGACGCGAUAGAACUACCAGAAUAUUUCGACGCUAGAGAGGAAUGGUCACACUGUAAAACAAUCAAAGAAGUUAAUAACCAAGCCCAGUGCGGUUCGUGUUUUCUCUUCGGUGCCAUCAACUCUGCUUCAGACAGGACUUGCAUCCACGCUGGUGUGCACGUUCAUUUGGCAGAACAAGAAGGAGACUGCAUUCGCCCUAGAGAAUCAUGUAAAGGUGGAGAUCCCGCCAAAGUUGUAAGUUUCUGGGUGAAAAACGGACUUGUGUCGCAGGAAUGUAAGCCUUAUGAUAUUCUGGCACUUUAUAACGAUGGGUGCAAAGAAGAAUGCAGGAAUUCCAGCAUCGAGUACAGUCAAGACAAGCAUUACGCCGAAAAUGCCUACAAAGUCCAUCCAACUGUGGAAGCAAUCAGUGCUGAGCUGAUCAAAAAUGGUCCUUUGGUUGUAGGGUUUACAGCUUUCGCAGACUUCCGCAAAUAUAGACAUGGGGUAUAUGUACAUAAAUUUGGUGACUUUAUUGGUUAUCAUGCUGUCAGACUGAUUGGAUUUGGCAUUGACGAAAAUGGUGAUGAUUACUGGCUUGCAGCCAACUCUUGGGGUAAACAUUGGGGUGAAGAAGGAUACGUCAGAAUAAAGCGCGGUCAAGAAGCAUUGAAAUUGGAGGAUCACGUUUAUGGCGGACUUCCUAAAAUAAGUUAG